AUGGCUCAGGAAGCUGCUGUGGCCUCCAAAGACCCUUUGGUCCCCCCAUCCCUGCCCGCGCACUCAGUACCACGCUGCCCAGCAGUCACCUUGCUCCCCUCCUGCACAGCCCUGGGGCAGGGUGGUGGGCGGCACCAGUGCUGCAAUGUGAUGGUGCAGCUGGAGGAGCGAGGGGACAGGACGCUCAGCCCUGACCUGCCCCAGCGCUGCCCGGAGCUGGGGCGCUUGGGCAGCCCCACGUGUGCCUACCUGCGGGAGCGCUGGCUCAGGCUGCUACAGGUGGUGGGGCCAGUGCUGCACAGUCGGCUCGCUGGGGUGAAGGUGCUGCUUCUGAACGUCAGCAGGGCUGUCACCCAAGACGUCCUCAUCGCUUUUUCUCCCAUGGAGCGCCCCAGGAUGCUGAAUGUGACGGAGAAGGGGAAGGCAGGGAAAAUCCAUCUCCCCCAGGGGAUAUUCCGGUCCCUGAGCACCCAGACAAUGUGCGUGGUGGUAAUGGUCCUCAACAUCCUACAGCUGGGCAUGUUCCAGGUUGUCAACCAGACAGGGCAGGUCCUGGAUGACACCGUGGUGGGCAUCACAGUGGGAGAGAUGAGCAUCUCUGGGCUGCGGGACAUCGUGCAGCUCACCUUCGCCAAUGGGCAGCUGCCGCAGGGCAUCACCCCACAGUGUGUCUUCUGGGAUCCCAGCAAAGGGCAGGCAGGAGGCUGGAGCAGCAGCAGAUGUGACACGCAGCCCAGGGACAAGGGGACAGACUGCUCCUGUAACCAUCUCACCUUCUUCACCCUCCUCCUCAACCCAGCCCUGGAUGAGCCCACAGCACAAGCCCUGAUGACUGUUGCCACUGCUGGCUGUGGGAUAGCCAUGGCUUUCUCCAUCUUCACCAUCGCCUUCUGCAUCUUCUUCAGGUGCAGGUUCAGGUCUGAGGAGACCCUCCGCAUCAACCUGGGGCUGCAUGAGAACCUGGUGGGCAGCCUGCUCCUCCUGAAUCUGGCCUUCCUGCUCAACAGUGGGCUCUCCACUGGAACCCUGCUGGGGACCUGCAAGGUCCUGGGGGGGCUCACCCACUACUGCCUGCUCUGCUGCUUCACCUGGAUGGUGCUGGAGGGCUGUCACCUCUACCUUCUCUUCAUCAAGGUCCUUGGCACCUACAUCCGCCACUACCUCCUGAAGCUGUGCCUUGUGGGCUGGGGCUUCCCCGCUCUUGUGGUGGGAGUGGCAGGAGCCAUUGACAGCUAUGGAGAAUACAGCAUCCAGACCAUGGACCACCAGGUUAUAGCCUGCCUGUGCUGGAUCACUUCCAAACAUUUUCUGGUCCAUUACAUCACCAACUGUGGCUACUUCAGCUUCAUCUUUCUCUUCAACAUAGCUGUUUUUGGGGUGGUGAUCCAGAAGAGCUGCAGUCUGCAGGGCACAGGGGUGGUACAGGGAGACCACAAGGCCUGGAAGGUGGCCCUGGUGGCAGUGGGGCUCUUCUGCCUGCUGGGAGCCACCUGGGCCAUGGCGUUCCUCACCCAUGGCACCUCCUCUGUGGCCAUGCUCUACCUCUUCACCAUCCUCAACUGCAUCCAAGGAAUCUUCAUAUUCAUCUGGCUGGUUGUCCUCUACUACCCAAAGGCAAAGGAAACCGUUGGCUCCUUCUCCCACAUCAUCAGACAUGACAAAGCCACCACAGCCUCCCAGGACUAGCUGCUGGCUACACCUCCUUCCCUGCCUGCGCGUGCCCCUGCUGGGAGUAAGCCUCAAUCCUAACAGAUGCAGCUUCCCACAGAGGAUGAGGGCUCAGUUUACCAUGCCUUAGUUUACCAUGCCUCAGUUUACCCUUCAGUGGGCAUGAUCCACUUUAGCAGUAGAUGCACUUUGCUUCAGCCCAGCCUGCCUUGGGCAAGGUGCUCUGGAGACAUCCCUUCUGCCAAACUCCCUCCAGGCUGCAGCUGCCCCAAGGUCUUGAAACGCCCCCAGUCUCCUUCCCCAGGGACUCUUGUGGGGGCAAGGAGGGAGCCCAUGAACCAUGUACCUCCAGCCAGCAUGGAGCCAUCCUCCUCUGCUAGAGAUGGCCUUUGGUGCUGGACCAACCCAGCAGUGGGUUUUCCUGCUGUUGGAGGUGAGAGGAUUGAUUGACUCCAGCCUGGACUCAGGAGGUUCAGGUCUGGGAAUCAUCAGAAAUAGAGAAAUCCCACGACGUUCUUUGCAAUACAUCCCCUCCGAACAGACCGGGGCUGAGCUCUUUGGGCAGUGAUCUGCUGAACAUCCCUCCUUUUCCAACCAUUUCCAGGAGGUCACCGUGCUUCAGCUGAAUGCACACACGGCCACUCCUCUUCUUUACCUGUGUUUUAGUACUAAAUCUCUGUCAGCUCUCUGA